AUGGCUCAAAUGAUUCGUAGCUUCCGCAUCAUCUUAUGGUGCAUCUCGGCCCUUUCGAUCUGUUUCUACAUCACGGCUGCGUUGACCGAGAGCUCCAUCAACCAUCGCAUCAUUCCACGCACUCAGUGCUUGACUUGCAACCCUCAUCAAGAUUUCCCAUAUCAGAUCUUGAACCAGCUCUCCCAGAUUUCAUUCUUCACCAAAAUCAACUUCGCUGUGGACAUCUGCAUCUUUGUGAUCACCACUUUCAACUUGGUCAAAAGUGACCAGAGUGGCGCUGGUGACUUUCUAAUUUCCAUCGGAGUUUUCUGCAAGAUCUACCUGAUUCCAUACGUUCUCUACAAUUUCUUUUCCGGAGGUCAAAGCCCAGCUCACAAUAUCAACUACCUUCUCCACCAUGAGAUCUGCGGAACCCUUGGAAACUGUCUCAACGGAAACGUCGCCCGUAUUUUGUUCAGCUGCAUCUCGGUCACUCUCAUUAUGAUUCUCGCCUUCCCUGCUCUCAUCGCCUCCUGGGGAGUUAUGUACAUCAUCUUCGUUCGUUACUUCGAUCAGCCACUUCCAAUGGUUACUGAAUACGUCGACGACCUCCCAACCUACAGUGCCCUUUUCCCGGACAUCGAGCAUCCGCUGUUCAUCAAGAAGGACGACGACUACUAA